AUCGGUGCGAUUGUUUUGCAGAGGUGGCGCGCGUGAUCGGACGAGCGCGGGCCGCGGCCGCGUGGACGCGCGCGUGGGAUAAACGUUUUCCAUCGACGACAUCGACGACAUCGACGUUUUCAAAACAUUCGUCAUGGAGACGGUUAAACAUUUGUGGAACGUCAAUCAGUUCAUGACGAAGCUGGAGAGCCCGCUGGUUACGCAGUUACAGACGUUUUACAUGCAAAAGUGUAAACGUCUUAGCCACAGUGUAGAGCUGCCGCAGCAGAACUUUGGGCCACUAGUAACGUGUUCGCAUUGUGGAUCGCUUUGGAGUACGGUGGACCAUCAAGUGCGGAUGUUGAGUAGCCGGAGAAUGUCCAAGUCGGUGAAGAGGAUCGUGCGACACAUGAGUGAAAAUCCAGAUCAAAAGAUACCGAAAGUUCGCGCGACUUUGGCGCGGAAGUCUAUAAAAAAUGAGAUGAGUCGGUUGGUCAUAAAAUGUUCCGUCUGCUCCAAGAACACCGAGUUGCCGUUCAAGAAGAAAAGCCGCUUGAAGCCAGUCAAGGUGGAUAACUCGCAGGCGGCGACACCGCAAGGCAACCGUAAGAGGAAAAAGAAGAAAUCCAGAGACAAGACUGCUGGUUUAAAUAUCUCAGUUUGCACGCCCGUCUCACAAUUAAAUAAGAAAAACAGUAAAGCACCUACGUUGUCGCCUGUAAUUACGCCUAAGACUAUACCAAGAAAUAAGAAAUUAUCUACUUUCCAUAAAGAGCCCAGGAAACUGGAUAUAGAGCGAUUAAAGCGUAUCAUGGAGACCAAGUCGACAACGCCUACAAAAACAAAUAGCUUGCACAGUUUCCUGGCUGGGUUAUAGCAAAAAUAUUAUGCCUUAAUGCCUGGUCAGGCACUCAUCAGGCAGCCCUGACAGGGCCCUGACCGUAAAUGUAACGU